AUGAGUAGCUAAACUGCAUGAAUUUUCGAAUUUCGGAAAUGUACGGUGGUGAGAGAUUAAUGCGUGACAAUGACUACACCAAGAAGAGAAUUUCUUCGUAGACCAGAUGUUCCCAGGAGAAGAUCAGCACGACAGGCUUUGGCUAUGAUUCCUGAUUCUACAAGUACAAAUGUGUCUCCAGUUACUUCAGAAACUAAUCGUACAACUAGAAGGUAUAGCAUGGAUUCUUGGACUUCAGCUCCAAGUCCUGAUGAGCUUGUUAUACAAAAGCGUGGAAGACGAAGAUCAAUUGUUUGGUCACCUGAUAUCGAUUCAAUUAAACGAGAAAGUCUGUUCAGAGAUCGAACACCUAUCAAAAGUCCAACAAAACAUCAGUCAAACAUUAUAAUAAAAGGUACUCCUAGAAAGCGACUUCAUUUAGGAGAUAAUGAUAUUGAAAUGGUCUCACAUGAAAAAAAGGAAAGGCUACUUUCUAAUAAACAAUUUACAGGAAAUUUGGCAAAUGGAUUAAGAGGUUUAAGUCAUGACCAAUUAGUUAAGAUGAUAAUGGAUUUAGUAUCGAUGCAAGAAGAUAAACUAGUAUCAUCUAAUGAUAAAUUACGUGAGAUUAUUUUAAAAAAUAUGCCAGUAGCUGAUAUACAGCCAUUGAGAGAAAAAUUAACUUGUUUAAGGCAAAAUGUGUAUGCUAGUCUAGUAUCAUCAAAUUUAGAUGAAUCUGAUUACAGUCGAGCCUAUGUACAUUUAGAUAAUUUUCAGAAAGCGUUAAAAGAACAGGGACUUAAUCUCAUAGAAUCUCAACAUUGGACAGCUGUAAUUCAAUAUGUUUUUGCUGCGUGGGCAAUUACAAAAGAUCUUCCAGAGUGGAAAAAUCAAGGAAUGCACAGUACCACUCAAAAGUGUUAUAAAAACCUGACAGAAUUCUGUAUACAGGCAUUAAAAAAUGGAACAUUUGCUCCAACUACGUUAAAUCUUUAUAAAGAAAAACUUCGAACAAUGUUGGAUGAUUUCAGUGAUAUUAAAGUUUGUUUGCAUUUUGUGAAUGGUGCAAGUGUAUGACAUAUUUGAAAAAAAGAUUCCUCACGUGAUAUAUUGAUAUAUAUAUAUUACUUUUAAUGUUUACGUUUUAAAUGAUUUUUAUUAUUUUAUGAUGUUGAUUGGAUAAAUUUAUAUCCCAACUUGACAACAUCUUUUCGGAUGUGGAAUUGGCUUGAUAAUAAUUUAAUUUAAUAAUGUUAAGACCUCUUAUUUCAGUUAAUU